AUGUCCCUGGCUAAAGUGCUGCAAAAGGAAUUUAAAGACCACUCCGCGACGGAGCAGCUGCUGGCGGCGCAGGGCGCCAGCCCCGACGGGCUGCCCACCAACGGCCACGAGCUGGCCCUCUUCGGGCACGCGCUCGACGCCGCCCAGAACCCCCACCUCUCCGCCGUCUCCAACAACCUGUCGGGCUCUGGUGAGGGCGAGGGCGAGGAGUCAUCAUCGGACGCGGGCGCGAGCGACGCGGAAGGGGAGCCGCGCGCCAAGCAGGAGCCCCUGGACUACGACGACCCCGCCGCGCUGGCGCACACCAACGGCGCGCUGCCCCACAACUUCCCCGGCCUGCUCAACCUGCCCGGUUUCCCCGGACUCCCGGGACCUUCCGGGAUACCAGAUAAUUUCGCAAUUAAUCUUCUAUCUAUCGGCCACGUAUCUCACACGUAUCGAAACGAGCACGAGGCUAGGCGGGCGUGCACCUCGCGGAGCGUACGUCGUAGGGUUACGGCGGUAGGGCGGCGCGAGGGGGCGAGCGGGAGGGAGAGGGGAGGCGCACCGAACGCGUCCGCCUGCGGCAAGCGCUACAGCAGCGGCGGCAACCCGAAGCGGCCCCAGAGGCGCCGGCGCCUGCGGACCCGGACGCCGCCCCGCCGCCCGCGCACCGCCCCGCGGCCCCUCCCACGCUCUAACCGCCGCCUCCGUGUUGCAGGGGCGGCGCUGGCGGGCGGGGCGGCGAUCGGCUACCGGCCGCAGUGCCCGCUCUGCGGCCGCGUCUACUCCUCCACCUCGAACCUGCGCCAGCACAUGCUGAACGUGCACUCGCAGACGGACCGCGACCAGUGGUUCCCGUGCGGCCACUGCGGCAAGAGGUGCAAGACGAAGCACUACCUGAUUAACCACCAGCUGCAGGCGCACGGCAUCCGCCAGCGGCAGAGCUCCCGCCCUGAGCCGCCGUGCCUUGCAGGUGCGCCGGGUGCGCAGUGCCCGCUGUGCGCGCGGCGCCUGCGCUCGGCGCCGGCCGCGCGCGCGCACCUCGCCGCGCACUACCCGCGCGACUCCCCGCGCUGCCCCGUGGCGGCGUGCGCGCGCCUCUUCGCGCACCCCAACUCGGUGCGCAACCACAUGCGCCUCAAGCACCGCCGCCAGUGGGAGCGCAUGAAGACGCUCAAGUGGGGCUGCGGCUGGACCGAC